AUGUCCAACGAGGAAGGCUCCGUGCCCGUGCCUGGCGGGGGCUCGCUGUCGAAGCAGCCCAACUUCCGGCGCGAGUGGGACAAGGAGGCCUUCGAGGCCAAGGCCAAGGCGCGGCUGGCCGAGGAGGAGUCGCUCGAGGAGGAGCGCGAGCGCAAGAAGACGGCGCCGGCGCCGAUUGUGCAGCGCGCGCCGCUGCAGCGGCGGACGGAGGAGCUGCGGCUGGACAAGUUCGAGGGCUCGCGCCAGCUGGUGACGGGCGCGCAGGCGCAGGCGGGCUCCUUCAGCGCUGCGUAUCACUGCAAGGUCUGCGACUGCGUGCUGCGCGACUCGGCAAACUACCUGCUACACAUCAACGGGCGCAAGCACAACCGGAUGCUGGGCAUGUCAAUGCGCGCCGAGCGCUCCACGCUCGAGGAGGUCAAGGCGCGAUUCGACGCCCACCGCGAGGAACGCGACAGCAGCGCCGCCUCCGAGGCGACGCCCCGAGCUCCGAGCCGGCGCGGUCCGGGCGCGCCGGCGACGCGUCUGCGCGACACGUGCAAUAGGUGA